GGAAGGCUGAGUGAGGAGUUGCUGCCAGCUGCCGCCAGGAGAAGCAAGAUGUAAAGCACCGUGUUGAGAUAACUUCCCUUCCGGGACCUCACUCUCCUGUGCACUCAUGUCUGGACAUGUCCUCUCUUUGGAUUGAAAGGUUACUAUGUUACUCCCUUGGGCUGCUGUUGCAAAAGACUCCAAAUCCCUAGGAACAAAACAAAAUAAGUGUGUCAUCCUGAACAGACUUGCCAUGACGGAUCUCAUCUAAAAGUAGGACCCUGAUCUGGGGUUCUGGACAGACAUACAUCUUGCAGAGGUGCUUCACUCUGCAGCUGACCCAGGCAGGGAGUAGUCCUUUGAGACCUCAAAGGCCAAAGACCCCAGAGCCAUGCAGGGUCUCGGGACUCUGUUCCUGCUGCUGACUGCCUCUCUGGCUUCAAAGGCUGACCCAGUGGAAACACUUCCAGACAUCCAGGUUCAGGAGAAUUUCAGCGAGUCUGGGAUCUAUGGAAAAUGGUUCAACCUGGCAAUAGGCUCCACCUGCCCGUGGCUGAGGAAGAUUAAGGACAAGAUAAGCAUGAGCACACUGGUACUGCAAGAAGGGGAGACAGAAGCAGAGAUCAGUGUGUCCAGCACCCGAUGGAGGAGAGGUGUCUGUGAGGAGAUCUCCUGGACCUAUGAGAAGACAGACAUCGAUGGAAAGUUCCUCUCCUACAAUCCCAAAUGGAACGCAACCUUGGAAACCUAUGUGGCCCACACCAACUAUGAGGAGUAUGUCAUCUUCCUUACCAAAAAAUUUACCCGCGACCAUGGACCCACCAUCACUGCCAAACUCUAUGGCCGGGAGCCACAGCUGAGGGACAGCCUUCUGCAGAAGUUCAAGGAGGUGGCCCUGAGCGUGGGCAUCCCUGAGAACUCCAUCAUUUUUAUAGUUGACAGAGGGGAAUGUGUCCCCGGGGACGUGAAGCAAGAGCCCACUUCACUUCCGGGUACAAGGAGCUAAUACAGAGCUGAAGGUGCCAGUCUGCAAGGCAGAGGGCGGCCACUAUCCCUCCCAGUGUGGGCUGGCCCAGGUGAUCUGGACCCAAAUAAAACAAGCUGUCAACUCCU